CUCUACAAACCAAUGAACCAUGCAUGAAUGGGAAAUGAGUAAUAAACUUCGAUCCAUGUAUCGAGUUUAAUUAUUUCAUUUCCUCCUCGGCUAUAAAAUACAACAAUCAACAACUGUACAUAUACUAUAAAAUAAUAAAAUCAUUUGUCAAUAAAUAUUUUUGUGUGCACGCAGAAGCACAUGUUCAAGGAGAGUUACCCUCAGAGGUGGUGGAGAUCAAAACCAUGAACAAAGCAUCACCAAAUUCCUUAUCCCACGGUUCGAUCUCUGUGAUCGGCCGUAGGAGGUCUAUGGAGGACGUCGUGACGGUCGUUCCAGGUGUCGUACACCUGGAAGGCGACCGUCCGACUCCAAGCUAUGAUUUCUACGCCGUGUACGAUGGAAACGGUGCGUACACGGUGGCUCGGAAGUGUAAGGAACGGCUCCACCACAUCGUGGCGGAACAGUUCCUAAUUUUUGGGUUGGAUGAGUGGGACCGGGUGAUGUCUAGUAGUUUUGCUAGGGUUGAUGAAGAGUUUGUGAAAGAUGAAUUUGGUGGAAUAACAAGUCUUACCGACUUUGAAGAAUUGGUAGGGUCCACUGCAUUGGUUGUUUUGGUAGGUGCAGAGGAAAUCGUGGUUGCUAAUUGUGGGGAUUCUAAGGCUGUUUUGUCUUGUAACGGCGCCGCAGUCACCUUAUCACGUGAUACCAAGCUUAAGAGGCCAAAUGAAAAAACUAGACCAGUGAUAAAGUUUGUAGAGGGCAAUGUAACGAGUUUGAAUAACACACAUGUAUUAGGAAAUAGAGAAAGUAUGGAGCCAUAUGUGAUACCAGCACCAGAAGUGACUGUUCACAAACGUCGCAAAACAGACAAUUUCCUAGUGAUUGCUAGCAACGGCUUAUGGGACGUGAUCAGCAACGAAACAGCUUGUGACAUCGUAAGGAAAUGUAGUUUAAAUGAAGCUGUGAAUCGAAAGGUUUUGGAAGGCGUAGUUGGGAACUAUGCAGCCGCUUCUGCUGCCAUGUUGGUGGAGUUGGCACUCGCUCGUGGAAGCAAGGAUAACAUUAGCGUCAUUGUGGUCGAACUACAACAUGUGACUAAUGCUAACGGAAACUACCACUCAACUUAAUACGACGAUUUUGAGACUUGAAAAUCAUGUGCAACUAACUUGUGCAAAGUUUUUCAAUGUUUUUUCUCUUCACAAAGAGCUAAAACUGUGCUUAGGAUUCAAAUGAGCGUUUCCGUAAGCAAAGGUUGCAGGAAAAUGUGUAUUAUCUAAGUAAUUUACUUGUUAAGACAAUGUUUUUGUUCUUAAUGAAUAGAAAUGUGACAUGGUUUGUUAUACGCUGUAAUAUAUAACCUAAUUUCUAUAUAAUUAACACAUUUUAGCAUACGUGUGCGCCAUUUGU